AUGGACGCGGACUCCUUCCGCCAGUGCAUCGCGCUGAUCUCAUCACCUUCGCUCCUGCCUGAGCAACGACGAGCUUUGGAGGCAUCGCUGCUUCAGCUUCGGCGAUCUCCUGGUGCUGUUGACGUAUGCUCGCAAGUGCUGUUGGGAAGCGAUGCUUGUGUCUCCUACCACGCUGCCAACACCUUGAAGUAUGCUGUGCUCUUCAGCUGGCCUUACCUGUCGGAAGCGCUCCGCGAGAAGGCCGUGCAUGCCUGGCUCUCGGCCCUGUCACAACCGAAGCACUUGUCGGCUUCGGACUGGCGACCCGUUAAGAACGAAGCACUGGAAGCCAUCGCAUUGUACUUCAAGAAGAUCUACAUCGAAUCUAACGAGUUACCAAGCGGUCCGCACUUCUCCUUGGACGUGGCGGCUGCUUUCUUGUCGGUGCUGCAGGAUGGGAGGAACCUAAGCCUCCUGGCUGCCUCGGUGGAGGCACAGCAAAAGGCACAGCGGCGAUUUGCCCGCUUUGCAUUGCUUCCCUUGCUUCGGGCGGCCGCCGCAGAGGUGCACUGGGAUUGCUUGAUUGCUUGCGCGAACUGCGAGUUUUCAGAGAAGUCCACCGACUGGCAAGCGGCCUGCGCAGAGGUGGCGCUGGCAGUUUCAGCACGCGGAGACUGGGAUUUGGCACUCCAGAUCGCAGCGCAGUGCCCGACACUGCCGGCUAUCUGGAAUCUGGUCGUGGACGCAGCCUCCUCCAGGCCUGCAAACAUAUCUGCGGCUGCGAGCUGUGCUUCGCGAUUGCUUACAGACCCAUCUCCGGGCCAGAGAUCAAGCUUGGCAAGGAUUGCGGCCGGAUUGAUGCAGGUGGACUUCAACAGCGAGGAGGGGUUGUCGAGUUAUGACAGCUUGGUCGCCUUCCUGCAGGUUCUGAGUCGACAGAAGCAGGAUUCGGAGCUUGCAGAUUAUUUGGUAGAAAACUUCUUCCAGCAUAUACUCCUGCAAGCGAAUUUGCCAGAUGCAUAUGAUGAGACUUUGGGUACUUCUGCCGGUACGAGUUCCGGUCAUGACCUGCUGACAUUGAUUGCCAGAAUCGGCCGAGAUUGUCAUAACAUUACCGCUGGUCUUCAGCAACUUCUUUCGCGGCCGCUGGACAAUGAGUUCGCCAUGGACGUCCGGCAUGUGUCCUUGUGCUUUGCAUCCGAGCUCCUGGAGGUUAGCGAUGAAGCUCUGUGCUUAGCUGCGGCAGUCAGCACUCAGACAAAUGGUCUGAGUUCGCCACUACUGGUCGCUGACAGCCUGCGGUUUUUCCAAAGGGUAUGCGCGCGAGGCGUACUGUUUAGUGACAAGGCGCAGAUUUUCAAGGUUGCGCUCGGUCUUCUGAAUGCAGAAGUGGUUUUGGAGGGGCUGGCAGUUCUGACUGAAGUGUCAAAAUCUGCCGACUCGCGAGUGUUAUUUGCGGCACACUUUCAAGAAGUGUGGUCAAACCCUCAGAUGCCGCUAAGUUUGGUGAACGGCUUCUGUCGAUGCAUGCGCAACUGCGCAGCUGUGGCCGAAUUGGUCGCCUUGGCAGGUCCGCUGCGACAGGAUGUGUUGAAGCAGUUGGCUGAGUGGGAUCCCAGAUAUGUUAACGGGCACCAGCUAGCGCUGACAGAACGUCGAUUUGGCGCUUUGGGCGGACUGGCUCCCUUGGGAAAUGAGUUUGAGCAGCCGAUCAUCCAGGCACUGCAGACCAGGCUGUGUGGGCAAUAUCCAGAACACCUGCUGCCGUGUGCUGCACCUUUACUAGCUGCUCUUGCUAAGAGCGGCAGCGAGUGCGGAUUGCGCCUGGCUGACAGCGUAUGCGUGGCAAUGGCAGCUCUCCCAGCCGAAAGUGAGCUGCAAGAGCACACGCUGGACUUGUGUGAAGUUCUAUUAGAAGCUCCAGCAACUUGUGUGAGCGAAGCUUUGGUUGUCCUGUGGACCAAAUGCUGCGACUGUCACAUCCGGCGCUGCUUCGAAUUGAUGAGCAAGGCCCCGCUGACUCAAAGGUCCUUCGAGUGUUUGUCUGUCGGACUUGGCCAUCCAGAUGGACAUAUCCAGCAGCUGGCUGUGCGCGCUCUCACAGACAGACCCUUUCAGGGAGAUGUCUCAGACAUGUUGCCACGUGUCCUGCAGAUUGCGGUCUAUCAGGAUGGACCCCUUCUUGAACGUCUGGCUGAUUUGUUUCUGGUCUAUACAACUGCUUCUGCAUUGAUGGCAGCAGCCAGUAAGCUUGUGGUGGGAAUAACCGACCAUAUCUUGAGGGCGAUGGUGCUGCAGAGCUUGGAGAAGCUAAGCACCCAGCACGAGGAUCCCAAAGCACACUUCUUGCGGUUCGCAAGCGCAACGCAGAAAGCAGUGCUGAUGGGAGCGAGAGAGGCUGCAGAGGCAGUUGCGGACAGGGCUGCCAGGUCCGGGAAGCCUCCCAAAGAAGUGGCACUGGCGGCCAGGGAAGCCACAGUAACCGCAGGGCUCACGAAGGAGAGCCUGAUGGUACAGACAGUCGGCUCCGCCGCAACACGUGCAGUCGCUGCCGAGAUGGCUCGCAAGCAGGCUGGAUGGCACGAAAUCGCAGCUGCAGUUGUCGAGGCCGCCCAGGAGUCCUUGCUCCCAGCGGAGUUCGUGCCGCGCCUGGCGGCCACAGCAGCUGCAGAGCAGGCUGCGAAGGCCGCAGCGAGGCAAAGCAAAUCCGGACACGAGGUGGGACUCGCUGCAGCUGCAGCCACUCAAGCGUGUGGGGUUCCGACAACCUUGGCGGGCGACGUGGCUGGGAGAGCCAUCGCUUCGGCGCUCCUGCCUGCUCCCUGGUACUCACAUGGCUCACCCAGCUUCGCCACCUGGACUGCCGGCUUAAAAGCCUUGCUGACGCAGGCACAGGAGGAGGAAGAUGCUGAGUUCGACCGCCUCGCCCCGCCUGCAUGCGAAUGGCCAGCCUUGAACAAUGUUGUGAAGCUGGGAGUCACGCCGCCUGAAGGGAAGAGCGAGGUGAGUGAUGGUCUCCUCUUGGACGUGGCACGUUUAUCUGCUCAUGCGGCUCGCUUUGCAUUGGCCGCCUACUCCAACAGGCUCUACGGGCUAGUUGCGCCUGGGGCAGCUUGUUUGACACUGGCCUGCUGCAUAUCUGAACGUCGAGCUUUUGUGCGCAUGAGCGGGAUCAGUGACGACGACGUGCUGCUUGCCGAAACGGUGGCUCGUCCAUUUAAACCUGUUUGGUGGAUCUGUCAUGACCGUGCGACCUCCGCGAUCAUGGUCGCCAUUCGCGGCACUUUCAGCAUGUCAGAUGUGCUUUCUGACGUGCUGGCCACACAAGUGCUGUACAAGGAGCAUGUGAUACACGAGGGCGUGCUAGCAAGUGCACGCUGGGUAUACAGCAAAGUGGCCCCAGUUCUGCGCAGAGAGUCGGAAGGAGGGAAGAUUGUCAUCACAGGUCACAGCUUGGGCGGGGCGGUUGCGGCAUUGCUGGCGUGGUUGCUUCGUGAGGAUGCCGGCUUGCCAGCGCGAGCAAUUGUCUUCGGCGUGCCACAGGUCACUGACGAAGCGCUUGCCCGGAAGAUGGCGAGGUUCGUUACCGGCAUCAUCCAUGCGAGGGACAUUAUCCCAAUGCUGUCGCAAAAGUCUGUGGAAGACCUACGCCACCAGGUGGCAGAGGCCGCGCAGACGCCUGAAGAAAAAUUGCUGGAGCUGCAAGCGGUGCUCGCGAAUUUCCAUCUCCCGACCGAGCCGGCGUUAUUGCAAGAUGCUCUCUCGCAGCGGCACUUUCAGGCUCCAAGCCCUCGACGUCAUACAAGCACUUCCACUUCUACGACAGUGUACGAAGAUGCUCCUAGUGACGUUGCAGAGCUGCCUGCGAUUCCGAUGCACAAUCCAGGAUGGCAGCUGCACUUAAGAAGACGUGCGCUUGGGGCACGAAGCCGCGAGUUCAAGCCCAUCCUGUGGAGAAGUUCGAUGGAGGACUUCCUGAUCACCGUCUCUACGCCCACAACAGCUUCUAUGCAACGAGUUCGUCCGGCUUGGACUAUGUGGCAGGAUCAUUGGCCGCAGGCCUACCUCUAUGCAUGCGAGGCUCUGGCUGAACGCCUUGCUGCGGUCGAGCCCUCAAUCAGCAACCUGGGUUUACCGCAAGCUGCACGGGUGCAGGCCGGCGGUGCGCGCGCUGGGUGCGAUUUGCGACAGGCUCUGUGCCGAGUCGAAAGCUACUUUGAGCCUUCAGCAUCGCUGUGA